CCGCUGACUGGUGAUCACUGACUCUAGCAUGGCGCCUGGCAGAGAAUGGAAGGGCAAAGAUUAUUUGGAAGGAUGAAUUGUGGACGAUAUUCCUGUUUUCUCCAGUAAAAUACUGAUUAAACUCGUGUGUAGUGUUAUGGCUCACGUAACUGCAGACUGGACUCCACUUGGAGAUGUGUUUUACCGUAAGCAAGAACUCUACUCCAUGACAUGGAAUCUGAAUGAUGUUGAUUUGUCAAAGUUCGGGAAGGCUGCCUCGCCAUUUGGAGGCCCUAUAGCACUUGUACGUGAGACUACCCAGAUUCAAGUGAAGCCUUUAAUCUAUAUCUUCUCUUCUGCUGGCAAGGAACUGUCAAAGAUUUCAUUUGAUGGUGGAAGACUUAUCCAUAUUGCAUGGACGGCAAGUGAAGAGCUCAUGUGUAUAGCAGUUGAUGGAAGUGUCAGCCUUUAUGACAUUCAUGGCACAUUUUUUAGGACUUUCACCAUGGGCCAUGAAGCUCAGAUGUCUCAAGUAAUCGAGUGCAGAGUAUUCCGAAGUAGUGCAGGGACAGGCCUGGCCAUCUUGACAGGAAGUUAUCAUUUUAUUGUUACCACCAACAUUGAUAACGUCAGAUGCAAGCAGUUUGCUGAUCCCCCAGGUCUGAAUGCUCCUCCAAGUAGUUGGUUGGUUUUGCCCCAAGACAGACGGGCUGAUCUUCUUGUUGCAAUUGACAACCAACUCUUCCUGAUCAACAAACUAGAUGUUCAGCAAAUGUCUGUUACAUUCAGUGAACCUGUAAAUUCAAUAACAGAGAUGGCACUGUCAUUUAAUGGUGCAUAUUUAGCACUCUUCACUGAUUCAGGACUUCUAUGGAUAGGGUCUGCUGAUCUGCAGAAAGUUUACUGUGAGUUCAAUGCUCAGUGUACCUCAAGACCAAAGCAACUUUCGUGGUGUGGGACUGGUGCAGUGAUCUGUUACUGGAGUGACUACUUAGAUGUUAUUGGCCCAACUAAAGAUGUCACUAGAUACUACAUGGACAGUGAGGUUUAUUUGGUGGAAGAGCCAGAUGGAGUGCGUAUCAUUGGAGGUGAUAAUCACGAAUUUCUGCAGAAAGUCCCAGUUGCUGUUGAGAAUGUGUUCAAGAUUGGUUCAAUGGAGCCAGGUGCCAUGCUAUUUGAUGCUGCUAAAGAAUUCGAGAGGAAGAGUGCACGUGCUGAUGAAUAUGUACGCAUGAUCAAGGAUCGCCUGCCGGAUGCUGUUGAACAGUGUAUCCAGGCUGCCGCUGCUGAAUAUGAGCCUGCAAUCCAGCGUAAUUUGCUCAGGGCAGCAUCUCUGGGAAAUAGCUUCCUCGAUCAUAAACAGCCAAGAGUGUUCGUUCAGACCUGCCAGACACUGCGUGUGCUGAACGCUGUGCGAGAUUUCAAUGUCGGCAUCCCCCUGACAUAUGCACAACUGGAGCUCCUGACCUUACGAGUGCUAAUAGACAGACUUGUUCUACGCCGUCAUUACUGCCUUGCCAUAAGAAUCUGUGACUACCUAAAAAUCCCCAAGGCGGAGGGUACCAGCCGGAUUCUUGGUCACUGGGCAUGCUUUAAGGUUCAGCAACAGGAUUCUGAUGAAGAGAUAGCUCAUGCCAUUAACGCCAAGUUGUGCAACUCCACUGGUAUCUCCUACACGGAAAUCGCAUCAAAAGCGCUUGAGAAAGGGAAACCGGAGCUGGCUACAAAGCUCUUGGAUUACGAGCCUAAGGCUGCCGACCAAGUCCCACUAUUGAUGAAGAUGAAUAAGGACAAGGUUGCCCUCGAGAAGGCUGUACAAAGCGGCGACACUGACUUAGUUUAUAUGGUGAUCAUGAAGCUUAAAAAGGACUUGAAACUUGGUGAAUUUUUAUUGGAACUAAGCAAGUGCCCUGUCGCACUGAACCUCUACAUGAAGUUCUGCAAGGAAAAUAAUCCCAACGACUUAGAGAGUAUAUACUUGAUGCAGAGCCAAUUCAUGGACUUAGCCAACAUGUCCGUACGGAAAAGCAUCAACAAAGAAUUGGUAAUUCAAAAUAACGUAGAGUCGAAAAUGGAUUGCUUGUCUGACGCCAAGAUGAACUACACAAAAGCCGGAAAUGUUAUUUAUACAAAGAUAACAGAGGAGCAAAUGAAACUUCUUGAUGAUCAGUCGCGGCUUGAGAAAGAGCAACAUCAAGAAUUCAAAAACACGUCGCUGAGCGACACUAUAGAAAAGUGCAUCGAACUGGGGCAUCUGAAGGAUGCAGAGAAGCUCAGGAAGGAUUUCAAAGUCCCGGAUGUUCAUUACCAUUGGGUCAAGGCCAAGGCCCUUGCAGGCAGUAGGAACUGGACCGAGCUUGAGAAGUUUUCCAAGUCUCGAAAGUCCCCAAUUGGAUAUGAGCCUUUCGUAGAUUUCUGUCUACAGCAAAACCAUCGGAUAGAGGCUGAAAAAUACAUAGCGAAGGUUCAACCAGAGAACAAGGCCAAAUAUUACCUAAAGAUUGGGAAGCUUGAAGAGGCCGCUGAUGCAGCGUUCAACCUGAAAGACGAGGAGGGCUUGCAGCUCGUACUCAAGAAAUGCGAUAAAGGCAAAUUAGCCCAGCGUAUCCACGACAUGCUUAAUACGCUAGCACAAAAAAGAUAGAACGUUUUGAGUGUUCUGAGUGAAAAGAUUUAUGUUCACUAGAUCUGUUGCAACCCUGCUCAAGAGAAUUCCUUUUCAUCACCUAAAUCAUUGAUUUGGUUAAUUUUAAAUCCAUAAAUCUAUGAUCUGAUAGAAAUGGAGUAUAGGUGAUAAUAGGUGGCGUUUGCGUAAAUGUAGAAAAUGCAUCCAGAGAGAUUGAGACUCGAAAAGAAAUUAUAAUUUUCAUAAGCUUCCAACUGUGAAUGGCCUUUGUUUGCAAAUGUUUCGCAAGAACCUGAAGAAAACAUUAUUCCCAGUUUGAUCUUUCUAUGUUAGGUGGAAUAAUACAAGGCAUACCCGCAUAUAAGAACAUUAAAAGUUAGCCACUACAAUAUA